UAUAAUUAAAUAAAAGUUUAUUCCAAAAUAAGUACCAAAAUUAAAAAUUGCAAUUAUUUCCAUCAGUCUAAUUAAAGACUUUGAGGUCUAUGUUGUUUCACUAUCAUGAUUUUAAGGGUAUAAAUAUAUAAAUUUAUAUAGAAAAUUCUUUCCGUGCAAAAUAAUUUUGCAUUUUCUAUUUUUAUGUCCGCAGAAUAGAAAUGCGAAGAUGCUAAUCUCAAACAUCUUCAGGAUGAGAAUUUUAAUUCUCUUAAAUGUUUUUUCCUUAUUGUUGUAAUUACGCAUAUACGUAGCACAUGUAUUACCGAUUUUUUCUAUUAUUCCAAAGAAAAUUCGAUCGACAAAAUCUAUUUGAUUUCCGCGUUUGUUUAAAGUAAAUUAAAUUUAUAUGGAUGAAAGAAAAAGAAGAUAUUGAAUUGUAUAUUUUACUUCCUUCUCGUCGAAUAAAAAUAAAAUACAUUUGCAUAGUUGUCUCACGGUUACAUAACGCUAUUUAGCAUCUUUUUCCAAGACGGAUUUCAAAUUCGAUUGAUUUUUCCCGAUAAGAAAGUCGUGCCAGACGUAAACAGUCUGCCAUCUCCAACAAGUGUAACAACGCCGAGGAAAAGUGUUUAAAAAAUGACCACUGCUACACAUAUAGAAAUAAUUUAUUCGAUCCUGAGGAUAAAUGUGUAAUUUAUAUAAUUGAGCUUUGACGGUGAAAACGAAAAGUAAAUCUCUCUUCACUCUCGUCUUUUUUUCGACGUGCAGCAAAACCAUAAUCUAUCUUGUUGGUUCAUGGUUCCCGACAUGGUUCUCGCAUAUCUUCUCAAAGAGAGUUUGAAAAUGUAAUGCCGAUCAUGAAUGCUGAACCGGCCAGCCGAUCACUAUGUGAAAAAGGUAACUUUGUUCUCCGUCCACGUACCCCGUGGUGUACCAAAAGCGAAUUACCGUCGAUCACCGACUUCGACAUUUGUCUCAGCUGCGAGUACGUCGGGUGGUACCGGUGAUCGAGUCGGUCCCAGCGCAGCUGCGAGUACGCGCAGCAUAUACGCUCGCACACUACCUUCUUUGCUGCCAGAAAACCCGAUGGCACCUUAAGGAGAGAAGUCAAGGGCAAGAAGCGUCCCUUCGUUUGCACGGUCUGGGCCCUACCUGGGCGAUUCCUCUCCCCACCCUCUCCUCUAGCACCCGUCCCUACCACUACGUAGGUUUACUCUUUGCUCCACCGCCUACGGGGCCCUUUUCCUCUCUCCCUUUCCCCGGCGGUCCCGCGACCGAUCAUCCCUCCGCCGCCGCGUCUGCUUCCCUCCGGCUCUUCUCCCUCUGCUCCUGCGGGCGCUGCGGACAGUGCGGACCUUACCAACUCAUACUCGCGAGUAUGUCCCUUCAGGUUUUCGUGAAAUUCGUCUCUGUUUAAGCAGAGGCAGAGGGGUAUGUUCUUACGACCCAUACGAGAGUGUCCUCCUCCUCCUCUUUUUCCUCCUCCUCCUCCUCUUCCUCCUCCUCCUUCUUUAUCUCGUCUUCCUCCAUCUCUAUAGCCACCACCAUCACCUCCUCCUCCUUUCCUCCCUUCUCCUGUUGCCCAUCUCGUCUCAACACGAAUCCAUAUGUAUGGGGUUGAGGCGCACAGUGCUCGACGCAAAUGUGCUGACUACAUUACGCCUGGCUAUAUAAGAUAGCCGGACAACCAUCCUAUCCCCACAGACCGAGUCAGAUCGGCGAACCGUUCACAGACGGGCCACAAGGAGCUUGCGUCUCAAUCGGUCGAUCGCUCGUUCGCAGUGGAAACAUCAGUUUGAGAUUUGUCUUGUGGAAGAGCCUAAUAUUUUUUUACAUUUCCGGCGAAGUGAGCAAGAGACUACUGGCAGUUUGAAGAAUCGUUUUAUCGAAGAGGCAGCUCGAUUAUCAAAAACAACGCGUGCUUCGCUCUAUGAAAGAAUUUCUACCUCGCAGAAAGGGUAUAAAUUAAAGUUACAGAAUCAAAUAAGUUGAACGAUACAUCUUGAUAGCAAACAUUUUUUUGAGAUCAUUGAGAAGUAUCGGGGAAUAUUUUUUUAAUCGUUAGAAAAAGAAGAAAGAGAGGAGUGUAAAGGAAGAAAAAGGAGGAGCAGGCGAUUCUUUUAGUGAAGAAAUUUGUGAUUGUGUCGAAGGAUGAUUUUUAUCAGCGCCACAACAUAUUUUCUGCUUGCCAUCGUUCUGGUGGCCUUAGUCUUGAUCGUGAUGGACCAUGUCAGAUUGAAAAAGAAACAAAAGAAAAUAUAUGACGGGGAAGAAUCAUCCGAUCUACUAGAUCCACCUGGACCGACGCCAUGGCCAGUCUUGGGCUCUCUUCAUAUUUUGGGACGCUACGAUGUGCCUUACAAGGCUUUCGGCGACCUCGUCAAGGCCUACAACAGUCAAGUGAUCAAGCUCAGGAUGGGAUCUCUACCUUGCGUCGUCGUCAAUGGAUUGGAAAACAUCAAGGAAGUUUUGGUCACCAAGGGCCAUCACUUCGACUCCAGGCCAAAUUUCAUUAGAUAUCAUCUCCUCUUCUGCGGCAACAAGGAAAAUUCUUUGGCAUUCUGUAACUGGUCAGACGUUCAGAAGACGCGAAGAGAGAUGUUGCGAGGGCAUACUUUCCCGCGCGCCUUUACCACGCGAUACAACCAGUUGAACGGCAUCAUCGGCGGCGAAGUGGACUGGCUGAUUAACCACCUGACCGGCAUCUCUGGUAUCAGCCUGCAUGCCAAGCCACUGAUCCUGCACACGUGCGCGAACAUCUUUAUCAAGUACUUUUGCUCGCGGAGCUUCGACCUUGGUAAUGGUCCCUUCCGCGAGAUGAUCGAAAACUUUGACAAGGUUUUCUACGAAGUGAACCAGGGAUACGCCGCGGAUUUCAUGCCAUUUUUGAUGCCGCUCCAUCAGCGUAACAUGACGAGGAUGGCGAAUUGGAGUCAUGAAAUUAGGAAAUUUGUGGAGAAGAAUAUAAUUGGAGAUCGUCUAACCAGCUGGAGGUCGGUCAUACCAGAAGAAGAUUACGUGGAUUGCUUGAUCAAUCACAUCAAGACUGACGCCGAACCCACUAUGACUUGGGACAUGGCGAUAUUCGCGCUAGAAGAUAUUGUCGGAGGUCACUCGGCAGUCGGCAAUCUCCUCGUCAAAAUUUUAGCAUACUUGGCUACUAGACCGCAUGUACAAAAAAUAGCUCAGAUGGAAAUUGACGGAAUUGAGACCACGGGCAAUUUCGUCGGAUUGGAGAACAGAGGAAGCAUGCCGUAUACAGAAGCCAUUAUUCUUGAAGCGAUCAGACUGAUCGCCAGUCCGAUCGUACCACACGUCGCUAAUCAAGACAGUUCUAUAGCCGGCUACAAGAUAGAGAAGGACACGUUUAUUUUCCUGAACAACUAUGAUCUAAAUAUGUCGAAGGAGUUAUGGACCUCUCCCGAAGAAUUCAUACCGCAAAGAUUUGUGCAGAACGGCAAAUUGCUGAAGCCGGAACAUUUCUUGCCAUUUGGUGGCGGCCGAAGGUCCUGUAUGGGCUACAAAAUGGUCCAAUACAUCAGUUUCUCGACAAUAGCCACUUUGCUGAAGAACUUCAAUAUAUUGCCGGUAGAGAAGGAAAUAUACAAGGUUCCUAUCGGCAAUCUGGCACUUCCAGAAAAUACGUUUAAGUUCCGUUUCGAGAAACGGUAGGAUAGCAAACGCAACAAUGGGAAAAAAUGAAUCCGGUCGAAUCGUUGAAAUCGGAGAAGGCCAUUUUAAUUUCUCGUUCACGAUUCGAUCACGAGCUGGACUCUUGAAGACUUCACUGAUUACGCGGAACAACAAUCGAAGAUUGAAUCCGAGUGACAGGCAAGACUUUUGCACAUCGGCGAAGUUUUUUUAAUUAACGUUACACGCAGCGGAGGACCAGCAGCUAAAGAGAGGCUUUUGACUCCAACGAAGCUUUACUUACGUUAGGGAGGAUUAGAUACGAGAACGAGUGGAAGGUAUUCGAUCUCUGGCGCUAACAGAGCUUUACUGACAUUACUAGAUCAUUAAGAUAGCUAAUUGGAUCGUUCCUUGACUCACUCUCUAGGAGCAAAUACGCCCGCGGAGCUCAGUUUCGAUAGUUUAAAUAUUCGUUAAUUAUCUUUAUAGAGCAUCUCUCUCUCGUUUUAAUUUAAAUGAGUUAUAUAUUACAAUUUGACAAGGAAAAUAAUUUUAAAGAUAGUAGGUAACUAAUCUGAGAGAAUAUUUAGUGUUUCUUUAAUCACAAUUUAAUUAUGAAAUUUUAAUUUUAUUCUACUUUCAAUAGAACUUUGAUCUGUAUGUUAUAUUUGAGUCACUGAAAAAUACAGCAAUUAAAAUUAUCAUGAGAGCUUACUUUAUAAUUUUUUUUGCUGCAUUAGGCAUUAGAUAGACGAUCUCAUUAAAUCUUGAUUAACAAAAAUUAUGUUUAUAAGAAACAUAACGUAUCACAUAUUAUUUAGCUACUACUUAUUUAAAAAACAAAAUCUUGUGAAUUGACACAUUGUUAAUUAAAAAAUUAUUAUAUUAAGAGAGUGCCAGGGACAAGUUUGAACGAUUCAUGGGUAUAACUCUGAUACUUGAUGGAAAUCGAUGAAGAAGAAGAAGAAGACUGAAGUUAAUUAAUAGUUCCUUCGAGUUUAAAAGCGUAUUAUUUAGCUUGGAUAAAAAAUGUAUUUUUGUAUUGCGUAUGUUUGUAUUAUGUUUCAGAAUCCCUUUGCAAAAGAUUCUAACUUUGCACUUUUCAACUUGAAAACUGAAUAUUUUAUUUUUAUUUACAUAUAAACAGAAAUGCUAAGUGAAUGCUUUUUGUAUACGUGAAACAUGCAUUUUUAUUUCUUCUUCUUCAUCUUCUUGGCAUACAUAUUGAACUUUUAGUAUUGUGUUAAAUCAUUAUACUUCUGUUUUUGUUAUAUCGUCACGCUUCACGACAUGAGAUGCGAAGUAAUUUCGAUGUAAUCUUGAAAACAGAAAACAGAAAAAGAGAUUUAAAAAAAAUUAGCUUAUUAAAGUGAUACGAGAAGAUUCAACAUUAUUUCCAAAACCUUUGAAUUUUUAAUUAAAGUAAUAUAUUAAUAUAUUAAUAUAUUAUAUAAAAUAAUAAUUUUUCUUAAUAAAGUAAUAUUUCUCUUCUCGUACCAUCUCGUAAAUAAUAAUUUAUUUUAAUUAUCGAGCAUUUAUUAGAGCAUUACGUUAUUAUUAUUACACAUACAGUUAUUUUAUAUUAUUAUCGCUUUUUAUUAUUAUCAUUAUUGUCAGUAACCAUGUUAAUCGUCGUUCUAUCCUUUCUCGCCUCGUUUCUCCACCGGAUCCCACAUAUAUCCCACGCUUUCACAUUUCGUAAAUUGUACAUUAUUUUGUGUUUGUUAUUUAAUUAUCGUGAUUGUUACGCCAUUUGUUAAUUUAUUAUUUAAGAUUUUAAUAAAAUACGUGAGACACACAUAUGUAUAUAUACACAUAUAUGUAUUUUUAUAUCAGAAUAUAUAAUACAUACUUAGAAUAAUUUAAAUAAAUUGCAUAAUUAACUAUAAAUUGAUUCAUUGAUCAAUCGCGCGAUGAUUUGAUAAAUUGUAAAGUACUUCAUGUUCGAUAGUU